UCACAAUCACAAUCACAAAGACACUCUCUUGUAUAUAUUAGUAGAGGACGGCAUGAUGAAUCUUUGAUUUUUCCUUAGAAGUUCCAAAAGCCAAAAGUCCAAAGUAUAACAAUUUCUCUAUCUACAUUUUAUAGUUAACGACGCUUUCCGAUCUUAAUUAACCCACCCAUUGAAUAAUCUCUAGGCCCCUCGGCCCUCUAUUUCAAGAUUCAACCAGUCUCAAAAGCAAAGAAAACGAACAUAAUUGACAAUUCGAUCCAAGAGAAACAAUAAACCUGCGAUCCAAAAGUUUCACCAAGAAGCUCGAGAUACGCCAGACAAACAAGCCCUUGAUCCACGCCCACAGAGUUUCCGAACUGCAUUAACUCUUCAAUCCAAAAGGCCUACCCAGAAAGAAGGAACUCAAUUGGAAUACGGGAUCCUGUUGUAAUCUGGACAUUUUUAUUUGGGGAGUUGAUUUCUUGGUGAAAGGAAGAUGAUGAAUACAGCGGGGAGUAAUACUAUGAUGUCUUCGGCGUCGGCGUCUGGAAAUAACGCUCAGUCGCCUGGUUUGAAGACGUAUUUCAAGACUCCAGAAGGCAAGUACAAACUCCAGUAUGAAAAGACUCACCCUUCUGGUCUUCUUCACUAUGGCCACGGCAAAACAGUCACUCAGGUAACGCUAGCCCAUCUCAAGGAUAAGCCUGUGCAGACACAAUCACAGUCAUCUUCAAGUUUGGGUGUAAACAGUGGUGUGAGGUCAGCGGCAGCAAGGUUCUUGGGUGGUGGAAAUGGGAGUAGGGCACUUAGUUUUGUUGGUGGAAAUGGUGGGAGUAAGUCAGUGACUGGUGCCAGCAGUAGAAUUGGUUCAUUAGGGGCUUCAAGUUCGAAUAAUGUGGUUGGCAGUUCAAAUUUUGAUGGCAAAGGGACUUACUUGGUGUUCAAUGUUGGUGAUGCAAUUUUCAUUAGUGACUUAAAUUCUCAGGAUAAGGAUCCUAUUAAGUCUAUACAUUUUGGUAAUUCAAAUCCUGUUUGCCACGCAUUUGACCCUGAUGCAAAGGACGGGCAUGAUUUACUUAUUGGUUUGAACACUGGAGACGUUUACUCCGUGGCUCUAAGACAACAAUUACAGGAAGUAGGGAAGAAGCUUGUUGGAGCUCAGCAUUAUAAUAAAGAUGGUUCCAUUAACACCAGCCGCUGUACUUGCAUCACGUGGGUUCCUAAUGGUGAUGGAACAUUCAUAGUUGGCCAUGCGGAUGGAAAUAUGUAUGUAUAUGAAAAGAGCAAAGAUGGUUCCGGAGAUCCUUCGUUCCCUGUUAUCAAGGAUCAAACUCAAUUUUCAGUAGCACAUGCCCGCUACAGUAAGAAUCCAGUUGCUAGAUGGCAUAUUUGCCAAGGUUCAAUAAAUAGCGUUGCCUUUUCAACUGAUGGGGUCUUCAUGGCAACUGUAGGAAGGGAUGGUUAUUUGCGAGUGUUUGACUACAAAAAUGAACAAUUAAUAUGUGGCGGAAAGAGCUAUUAUGGUGCUUUAUUAUGUUGUGCUUGGAGCAUGGAUGGAAAAUAUAUUCUGACUGGAGGUGAGGAUGACCUAGUUCAAGUUUGGAGCAUGGAAGAUCGAAAGGUUGUUGCAUGGGGUGAGGGACAUAACUCGUGGGUUAGUGGAGUGGCAUUUGAUUCAUAUUGGUCAGCGCCAAAUUCAGAUGGCACCGGGGAAAAUGUUGUAUAUCGGUUUGGUUCUGUUGGUCAGGACACACGAUUGCUUUUAUGGGAUCUGGAAAUGGGUGAGCUUGUAGUGCCAGUUCGUCGCCCUUCUGGUGGAUCUCCCACUUUCAGUACUGGGAGCCAAUCAUCUCAUUGGGACAGCGCUUGCCCUGUGGGUACCUUACGACCCGCUCCAAGCAUGCGAGAUGUUCCUAAGCUUUCUCCACUGGUUGCUCAUCGUAUUCACACAGAACCUCUCUCUGGUUUGAUAUUCACUCAGGAGUCCAUUCUUACCGUAUCCCGAGAGGGACACAUAAAGAUUUGGAUGAGACCCGGUUUUGCUGAAAGUCAGUCGAGCAAUUCUGAUCCUCUGUUGAGCACAAGCUUGAAGGAAAAACCUUCGAUAUCAGGUAAAGUUAUCGGUUCUAGUUGCAAACAAUAACGGAACAAUCACAGGAGAAUGCAGAAGCACGAUUUUUUGAGAGUAAGUCGAUUGAUUGAUGCUGCUGUUGCCAUUUACCGAUCUCUGCGAGUUUUUCUCAGAAUCUUGAUGUCGACUCAUGUGCGACAAGAUUAACUGACGAAGCUAGUUGUAUAGCCAGGUUUGACAACGCGAUUGGAGACACCAUGAGUUUGAGAAAGAACGCACAAGCACUUUGUAAGUAUACGAGAGUUUUCGUAAAGACGCGACAAAAUAAUUGAAGUGAAGUUGUGCAUUUGAAAUUUAUUUUUUUGUUUCUUGUCUCUGUUAUAUGACAAAUUUUGCUUGAUUGAUUGAAGCCUCUGCAGAAAAUUGUUUCCA